UGCCACAGGCGACAGGACUCAGUUGUUUGGUGCGGCUCUUGACGCGUCUCCUUCCCUUCAGCAGCUGAGCGUUAGGAACUGCUCUGGAAUAACAAUCCGGCAGUGAAGGGAGCGAACCUUCGUGAUCAUUCCGCCAGAAUCAGCCCACCGGAUCGGUCAAUCAGAUCCACCAAAUUCCUUCUGCGGUUCAGAGGUCGUUUAUAGGGGGAUCGCUUUUCUCCAGAGCCGCCGGGGAGGAUACGCUGGUGCGCCUUCGUCUCUGGAGAGUCCAGACGUCCCAGAAAUGGUGGGCCAUCUACAUCUACAGGCGAUGGAUGAAAGUUUAAAAGGAAAGAAUCGAGAGGGGCUGCUCGACAGCCCGGACUCAGGUCUACCCCCGAGCCCGAGUCCGCCCUUCUGCUCCCUGUCUCCGGGUCUCAUCGAGUCCCGCUCCGGCAGCUGCACGACACCCGUGGAGACUCACCAUGGAGCGGACAGAGAGAAACUCCGAGAGGGGAAGCUGUUGCCCUACCUGAUGCUGAACACUACAGGAGACACCAGGUCUCGCAUGUACCCCGUGUUUUUUGGAGAAAGCAUUGAGGUGAACCCAAAACCAGAGCAAGAAAUCAAGUGCAACUCAGAGGUCAAGUACGACUCGGACAGACACUACCAAGACCGGGUUUGGUGUGCCCCCGUUCCCACGGCAACCUCCUACAGCGAGUCAGUGGUGGCAGUGCAGAACUGCACCUGGAGGAGCUACAAGUCCCAGGUGUACCUGGAGCCGCGGCAAAGGCCCAUCAGUUACCGAAGCACCACCAUCAUCUAUCCCAAGCAUGCCAAAAACACUUACCGCACCACGCUCAACUACAACGCCUCGGGCUCCCGCCGCUGGUUCGUCUCCACGGUCCAGCUGGAGUCCAGUGAGGACACGAGCCCCUGCAUCAUUUACACAGAGGACCUGUAGGCACACGGCCUUGGAGACUUGGAACAACCCUGAAGCAAAAAGGGAAAUCAAAUUAUGUAAUAACUGGAGUCCCAAAAUUUAGUUUUUUAAUCUAUCCAUGGAUACUCUUCGGGGAAUUUUCCUGCAUACGCUGCACGUCAUUGGUCAAAGCCUAAUGGAAAACACGAGAGGCCGACAGGUGGAUCUCCAGUUGGAUUCUAACCUCUGUGACUGUGAUCGGAUGUGCAGGGGUGAAUAGUGUGUGCACCUGUAGCAAUGUCAAACUUCAGCUUUUCUUUUGGUUUUUGCGUUAUUGUUACAAAAUGUCUUUUUGCGAUGUUGGACCAAAUUGUUUCUGAUCAAUUUGUCAUAUUUAUUUGCAGAAAAACAACAAUCCAGCUGCAAAGUAUAAUAAAUCAGGUUUCGACAGAAAAUUAACUGGAAGAAUAAAUGUUUGUAAAAAUUAGUUUAUUUAUUUAGGACUUAGCUCGCUCACGCUCAGUUACCAAGAUGACCAUGAUCUGCCGUUGGUCUCCGAGUGAGUGUCUCUAGCUUGUGAGGAUUUUAUUUGAAAUGCUUCUUUUAUUUAAUCCACAAAUGUACAUUUGUUGUCUCAGUCCAACAGACGGGGAACUCAACUAGUCAGAGCAGAGUUUGGGGUGAUAUGAGUACAAUACGAAUCGUUGUGUUUUGAUUCAGUGACUCUAGUAUCUUCCCAAAGUUUGAAGUGAUAGAGAAGAGAGAAGAUUAGUGAUCUAGCCAAACUGUGGAGCGUGUGUCUGCAGGGGCUCCUUCCCAAGGUAUGGGACUAAACAAUGAUUGGCUGAUGAAGUUUCAUGAACCAAUGUCCCCAUUUUCAAUUUUCGUUAGGUGGCAUGAUGUUUCAACUGUUCAAAGGGAAGAGAGAGAGCCAUCUAGUGGCCACUGAAAAUGAGGACACUGUUUCAAGAAACCUUAUGAAUUUAGUACAUCAAAUAUGGGCUACACAAAUAAAGCUUGUUCUGAUCUGGUAUCACAGUUUCACACUUGAACACAGCCGGCUGUUGAGGAAACGUUGGCUCCGUUUUGCAUUUGAACCCCAGCUUCAGAACUGGCUCCCCUUACCGCCCUGGAAUUCAGAGAGACCUGCCGUUCUUGCUCAUAAAUAUUAAGUCCCAUAUCGUGAAGGACUAUAUGGCAAACAGACUCAUUUUAAGAUCGUCCAGCUUUGAUGCGAAUGGAGGAAAUUGGAGGAAACCUUGUUUAAGACAGAUGUGCGAGGUCUCUUGUCAUCCUUAUUUCAGGUUUACUUGCCAAAUAUUUUGUUAUAGUUCAAUAACAGCUUUAUGGUCUUCAUAUAGUUCCUUUUUCAGUGAACCAAAUUAGUCUUUGGAUUAACACAAAAAAAUGUAAAAACAUUUAUGUUGAUGAUUUUCUAGACUUUACCUUUAGACUUCAUAGUAAAAGUGUAGUCCCAAUUUUCUGCUCAGGUCCUGAGUUGGUGGUGCUUCAGUACUGUGGUGUGGAGGGAACAGAGAAUUGUUUUCAGGAAGAGGCUGACAAGAUCACAAGCUUCGGUCUAGGAAAACAGAUAGAAAGCUUGCUAGCUAACUAUAGAGGAUGAGGAUGUAGGCAGCGUGCAGAAAAGACCAGAGGAAGUGAUGAGAAAGUUGUGGCAGGUGAAAUAUGAUGCAGGUUUUUGGUGUGUGUGUGAUUCCAAACACUUGAUUUUGAUAUUGUAAAAUAUUCUCCUGUUGUAUAUGUGGCAUCAAGGCACUUCACAAUUGUCUUUAUAUUUUUGUACGUCAACCAUUGUUCCUGAAAGAAGAUAAUUUAAAACAAAUGUAUAUUCGAAUUGAAUAAAACAUUGAAUC